AUGACAUCGCUGGUAGUACUGUCUUUGCCGCCCAAUGCAGCAGUUGACAGCCAUGGAAAGCCACAGGAGUGGUUAAAUGAUUGGCUGGAGACCAACAUUGGAGUAAAGCAUGGCAUUGAUUCAGUUUCGUUGCCGGACUUCAAGAUUGGCACUCUAGACAACCUGGUUCACCAGUCAGAAGAGGUCGCAAAGUUGGACCAGCAGUUGCAGGGUAUUGUUAAUAAAGUCCACGAAAUCAUUAUGGGGAUCCACGGUAAUAAGACCGACGCAGUUGCUCGCGCAGAGCUUGUGGAUGGUAGCACCGCCUGGGAGUACCUUCAACGGUUUUCUUGGAACUCGGGCAAAUACCGCACAGAAAAGCCCGUUUCUCAGUUGUUAGAGCUCAUUUCAACUGAGGCGUUCAGCGCCGAUACAGAUUUGCGCCAGCGGUACGCGGCAUACACGGCUGCUAAGUCGAACCUGGCCUCGCUCGAGCGGAAACAGAGUGGAGACCUUACUGUGCGUUCCUUGGACCGAUUGGUCACCAAAAGAGACAUUGUACUCGAUUCAGAGUAUCUGCAGAGUGUCUUGGUGGUUGUGAGUGCGUCUCAGCAUAAUAACUUCUUGAAUACGUAUGAGACGGUUAGUCCCAUGGUUGUGCCCAAGUCUGCCCGCCAGAUUGUUGCCGACAAAGACUACGUUCUCUACAGUGUUACUGUUUUCCGCAAAUAUGCUGAUGAGUUCAUUGCCAAGGCACGUGAAAGCAAGUGGGUGAUUCGCGAGCUUGAUUUCUCGGAGAAUAUGGCAGCAGACGCGGACGCUGAAGUCAAGAAUGCUUCUGAGCAGGAAAGACGUCUGUUUGGCGAGAUGACCCGCCUGGCGUCUGCCGCGUACAACGACGUGAUCAAGGCUUGGGGACACGUUCGCACUUUACGUGUCUUUGUCGAGAGCGUGCUGCGUUAUGGGCUUCCUUCUGUCUUUAUUACGGCAAGUUUCGUGCCUAUGAAGAGUGUGGACAAGACCGAAUCUAUUUUGAUCGCCAAAUUUGGCUACCUGGCGGGCAGCGCCGUGGCUCGAGACAAGCAAGGACGGAUCAAAGACGAGGAUCUUGGAGAAUACGGGGCGUUGGUCGAGCAUGAUUAUAAGCCUUUUGUUAUUUAUGUUUCUGAGAUUCCCUAG